AUGGGUGUGGUGGCGGAGACGGGCGUCGACUAUGGCGCCAUCUACGGCCCGUUUCCCGCUGUCGGCAAUAUCCCGUCGGCACAUUUCAUUGGCUACCUGACCAGCGACAGUGUUAGGGAAACGGCUUCAGUCAGGGUGGACGUACGCCACAACCAGCUGGGAACGGUGGAUGUUCAUGACAAUCAGCUGGGAACGGCCUGGUUGCCGUACGUGAGAGCGGCGCGGUCGAUGGACGAACAGAAUAUGGAGGCUUACACAAAGGAUGGACACAUUUACUAUAGGACCUUGCAGAUCAUUCGAAGCGGGAAGGAGCUACUUGUCUGGUACAGCAAAGACUUCGCCCAGAUUCUCGGAAUACACGUUUCCCUAACUCCGAUAGAUGGUGACGAAAUUCCGUGUCCGAAAUGCGGGGAGAGUUUCCAGUACCAGUAUUCAAUGUUAGCGCAUGCGCGCUUCCGGUGUAACGGUUCACAAAGCACCAGUUCAAUAAGUCCUGGUCGCAGACACCCCAAAACAGAUCACGCUCUACCAAGUCCAAGUUUUAGCGACGGGCACGCAAGUGACAAUUCUGAUAACUCAGACAUAAGGAUAUUAAAACGUAAAAGUGAUUCUGAUGUUGACCUUGACCUAAGUCCAGCCAAGGUCAUGGUUGUAGAGGAGAAUAACAAUGUCGCCACGCCCCCUCAGUGUUCUCCAAAAGCGGAACGAGAGAGAGGUGAAGCUGGAAGUGCUUUCAGGAAAGUGGAAAAGUCGACUGUAAGCCACUCCCCAACCGGACAGUCUAAUGAGGCAAGAACAUCUGUUCACAGACAAGAAUCUAGAUCAAUCGCAAAUGAAAUGUUACAGGAAAAAAGCCAGGACAACUUAAUGCGUCAUCUGUACAAUAAGAGAAUGAUGCCAUCGGCUGCAUUGAACAACCGUUUUGUUGGCGGGUUUGGAAUGAUGAUGCCAAAUUGGCUUGUUCCGAAAUCAUCCAGCACCCAGCAGUACAUUGAUCCACGGUUAUAUGCCGAAAGGUGCCCAGUGCCAACGUCAAGCAAACCGAACUUUUUUCAGAACCUUCCCGGACCAAUAAAUGUGCUAUCCCAGGACGCCAUAAGGUCGUAUCCAAACGGUGAAAUGUUGAGUAAGCAGAUUCUGAUGGAGCAACUACGAAAAUCUCAGCUUCCGUGCGUGCCGACGGCGAAUCCAAUGGUUGAGAAAAUUCUGCAGACCGCCUCCACUCCGCCAAUACUGCAGCGUCCAAUACAGCAAAUGAAUCUGGCCCAAAACUGGUGCGCAAAAUGUAACGCGACGUUCCGCAUGACUAGCGAUCUCGUUUACCACAUGCGAUCUCACCACAAGCGAGAGUUUGACCCAAUUAAGCGGAAACGAGAUGACAAACUACAGUGUGACGUGUGCAAAGAAACUUUCAAAGAACGUCAUCAUCUCACACGACAUAUGACGUCACACAGUUGA